UUUCCGACUCAGGCCGAGACUCGAGUGUGGCGCUAGCGUCGUGCGGUGGUGCUCUCGGCUCGCUCGACAUCCGGACAACUCGGCCGCCAUUAUGGUGAAGCUCGCCAAGAACGUUAAAAACCAACCUAAACCGAAAAAAAUGGCUCCCCCUCCACCGAAAGAAGUCGAUGAUAGUGAAGAAGAGGAUUCUUCAGAGGACGAGGAAGUGAGCAGUGAGGAAGAGAUGCUCGCUCAGAAGAAAGCAGUCACUCCAGCAAAAGCUGCUAACAAAAAAGCAGCUACCCCGGCCAAGAAGGCAGUCGCAACCCCGGCCAAGAAAGCAGUCGCAACCCCGGCAAAGAAGGUUGCUACUCCUCCAGCAAAGAAGACUCCAGUCCCUACCAAAGGAGCAAAAAACGGGAAGAAUGCAAAGAAAGAAGAGAGUGACGAGGAGGAAGAUGAGGAGGAGGAGGAGGACGAAGAAGAUAGUGAAGAUGAAGGUGAAUCAGAUGAGUCCGAGACAGAGCCUCCUGUGCCAGUAAAGAAGCUAGGAGCCCAGAUUGCAGCCAAGAAACCUGUAGCUGCAUCAGCUAAACAGGAGUCUGAAGAUGAGGAAGACGAUGAAGAGGACGACGAGGAUGACGAAGAAGAUGACUCUGAAGAGGAGCUUAUGGACACCACCCCAGCCAAAGGGAAGAAAGCCGUUCCAGCCAAGCUUGCCCCAGUAAAGGCUGCCGCAGGAGAUUCUGAGGAUGAGGAAGAUGAAGAAGAUGACGAUGACGACGAAGAUGAUGAUGACGAGGAGGAGGAGGAAGAGGAAGAAGAAACUGCAGAAAAAUCUGGAAAGCGGAAGAAGGAAAUGGCCAAACAAAAAGGCACUCCAGAUGCCAAGAAAAAGAAAAUAGAAGAAACUUCCUUUUCCCUCUUCAUGGGUAAUCUGAACGCGAACAAGGACUUUGAUGAACUGAAGGCUGCCAUCCGGGAUUUCUUUGCCAAAAAGGACCUGCAAGUCCAAGAAGUCAGAAUAGGCAACUCAAAGAGGUUUGGCUAUGUAGACUUCUCUUCAGAAGCAGAGCUGGAUAAAGCGCUAAAGCUCAACGGGAAGAAGUUCAUGGGCUUGGAAAUGAAACUGGAGAAGGCAAAGAGUAAAGAGAGCAUAAUAGAGAACAAGAAAGAGAGAGAUGCAAGAACCCUGUUUGUGAAGAACCUUGCUUACAAUAUAACCCAAGAGGACCUGCAGGAAGUGUUUGCGGAUGCCGUGGAAAUCAGGCUGGUGUUCAAGGAUGGAAGCAGCAAAGGGAUUGCCUACAUUGAAUUUAAAUCUGAAGCCGAUGCGGAGAAAGCAAUGGAGGAGAAACAAGGAAUGGAACUUGAGGGUCGUUCCAUCAUCCUUGACUACACAGGAGAGAAAAGCCAGCAGGGCGUUAAGCCACAGCCAGGUGCGGAGUCCAAAACCCUUGUUGUGAACAACCUCGCCUACGACGCCACAGAGGAAGCUCUCCAGGAUGUGUUUGAGAAAGCGUCGGCUAUCAGGAUCCCGCAGAACCCCCAGGGGAGGCCUAAAGGGUAUGCUUUUGUAGAGUUCCCCACAGUCGAAGAUGCGAAGGAAGCCAUGAGUUCCUGCAACAAAACAGAGAUUGAAGGCCGGACAAUCAGAUUGGAAUACAGCACUCCUGGAGGCCAAAACAGGAACUUCAACAGUAGAGGAGGAUUUGGCCAACAAAGCAAGACCCUCUUUGUGAAAGGCCUGUCCGAGGACACCACAGAAGAAACGCUGCGAGAGUCAUUUGAUGGUUCUGUCGGUGCAAGAAUCGUCACAGACAGAGACACGGGUUCAUCCAAAGGGUACGGCUUUGUGGACUUCAGCUGCCCAGAAGAUGCCAAAGCAGCAAAAGAAGCCAUGGAAGAUGGGGAGAUAGAUGGCAACAAAGUGACACUUGACUUUGCCAAGCCCAAGGGGGGUGAUCAACGUGGGGGCGGUGGCUUCGGCCGAGGUGGUCGAGGCGGACGAGGCGGCAGAGGAGGAUUCGGCGGACGAGGUGGCAGAGGCUUUGGAGGCAGAGGAGGCGGCUUCCGGGGAGGCAGAGGUGGUGGCGGAGAUCACAAACCACAAGGGAAAAAGAUAAAAUUUGACGAUUGAGUGGCUUGUUGUAUCUGAAAGGACUCUGGGGUUUUUAAUUCUGUCACCAAACAAUGACGGAGCCUUCUGAGGACAUUCCAAGAUGCGUCGCAGUCCCUUAAGAGUUACUUGGGAAAAAUUCCUUUCAAUGAAGAAACAGCCAUUUUGACUGCCUUGCCACACAUAAUGAACUUUUAAAGAGCAACAAGAGAUGUUGGGAGUUGACCUGUGUCCGUGCAUUGUCCCGAAUUUAUAAUGUUUUACCCCCAUGUACAAAAAAAUAACUUCCUUAUACAUUUCUGUAGUUCCUCCUUUUUGUUUAUUUCUUGCUGUAAAAAUGCAAAAUGUUUUAUCACUUGUCUUGGCACACUGUCGUGGACAGAUUAAAGGGCCUAAAUGGA